AUGUCCGUGUCUCCUUCCCGCACUGGCUUCCUCGACCUGAACUCUGGGGCGUCUGAGAAUACAGCACGUCAGGGCGAUGGGACAUGGGCACAAGUAAUGUACGGCCCGAAUGGCGAGGAAACGUCGUCCAUGACUCGCGAUGCUGCUGCUUGCGGCCAAUGA